AAGCGUUGAACGUGCUCAUUCAUUCUCACAUCCUUCUCAGUCCAGUCUCUUCUCUUCUCUCUGCUGGCAGAUCCCUGACAUUCAUUCGAUUUUCAAAACAACCAUAUACCUUAUUCAACAUGAAGAUCGCCGUUCUCGCACUCUUGGCCUUGGGUGCCUCCACUUCAGCUUAUGUUGUACCAGACACCAGGUCGGUGGUGGACAAUGCCGUAGAAGCACGUAUGCCGGCAAGUGGUCCGGUCAAAGCGUCCAAUCUCGUUGCCGCUCUUGCAUCGCGUGAUAUCGAAGCCCGCCACCACAAGGGCAAGGGCAAAGGCAAAGGAAAGGGCAAAAAGGGAAAGGGAAAGAAGGCCGCUCGCCGCGACGCUGAAGCCCAAGAGCUUACCCAAGCUGAAGACGAUGCUCAUUGGGCUGAUCUUCACACCCGCGAUGCUGAAGCUCAAGAGCUCACUCAAGCCGAAGAUGAUGCUCAUUGGGCAGAUCUCCACACCCGCGAGCCCCAUCACAAGGGCAAGGGUAAGGGCAAAGGCAAGGGCAAAGGCAAGGGAAAAGCCAAGAAGAACGCUCGCCGCGCAGUCGAAGACGACGACGAGGAGGUUGAUGACGUAGACGACGAAGAGCUCACCAAGCGUGAAGAGGAUGCCGAUGCCGACGAGGCUGACGAUGUCGACGACGACGAGCUUACCAAGCGUGAACCUCACCACAAGGGCAAGGGAAAAGGCAAGGGAAAGGGCAAGGGCAAAGGAAAGGGAAAGAAGGCCGCUCGCCGCCAAGUCGACGAAGACGAGGCUGAUGACGACUUCGAAGACGACCUGACCAAGCGUGAAGAAGAGGCUGAUGACGAUGACGAGGUCGACGCUACUGAAGCCGACGACCAGGACGACGACCUCACCAAGCGCGAUGAUGAGGCUGACGACAGCGAGGCCGAUGAUCUCGAUGAUGACGAGCUGACCAAGCGUGAGCCGCACCACAAGGGCAAGGGAAAAGGAAAGAAGGGCAAAGGCAAGGGUAAGGGCAAGGGCAAGAAGGCCGCCCGCCGCGCUGAGUUCUAGACGCUGAGCCUGAUGCCGAGCCUCAUCACAGUGGAAAAGGCAAAGGCAAAGAGGGGAACAGCCAGACUCUUUCUUUAAUCACCAAGGACUGUACUACCAAGUCUGAGGAAGCCAGGAAGACGACGCGUUGUUGAACUAGAGAGAUUUCCCUAUUUCAUCCUGUAUUAUGUUCCGAGCUUGCGCAUUCGUUGCUGUUAAGGUCAUCAUAUAUGUAAACAUCAAUCUAUCAGUACGACCAUAUCUGUG